AUGGAGCCUCCAACAUACCCCGAAAUUUCAUUCAUUUCCAAGAGCGGAACAAAAUUGUUGGAAAAGAACAUCGGUAACAACUUUCUAGACGUUCUCAACUGCUCAUCGCUUUACGACAGCGUUCUGAACGGAUGCCUUGAGGUUAAAAGAAGGGUGAUGCCGAGGAAACCGCUAAACAGCACACUUAGAGCACAGAUCUGCCCGGAGAUGACUACAUCGAUCACAUCUUCAGCAGAACAAUACUACAGAGAGUUCGCCGCACCCUACUAUAGGGAUUUCGAUGUUCCGCGAUUUUAUUCCUACUUGGCUUUGUUUGCGAUAUAUACGUGCAUCGCAGUGGCUGGCGUCAGCUUCGUGAAGCUCACAUUAGCAUAUGCGUACAUUGCCAUUAUUGUGAUACUUUGCGUAAGCAUGGCCAUGGCUAUGUCAAUGGCAGGUCCUGAACUUAUAAUAAAAAAGCUGUGGUUGCACACAGAUCCUGAAGCCCUGAACAGGUUACAGACAUACGCCCAAGCAGUGGCUCUGUCUGUGCGUACUAGCGGAAUCGCCACUUGGGGAUUGAUGUCGGCUGCUACAUUGCGCGAGAGAAGAAGAGGCAGUUACGGGAAACCAAACUUCAAAUAG